AUGAGGAUUAUGUCAUGUCAAUCUGUUUUUCUCAUGAUGGUACUACAUUCGCAUCUUGUGGAAAUGAUAACUCUAUCCAUUUAUUGGAUGUUAAGGCAGAAUAAGAAACAGCCAAAUUAGAUGGUCAUUCAAAGUUGUGUUAUUUCAAUUUGUUACUCUCCCGAUGGUACUGCAUUAGCUUCUGGCAGUGGAGAUAAUUCUAUCUGUUUAUGGGAUGUUUAAACAGGAUAAUAAAUAGCCAAAUUUGAUGGUCAUACUAAUUAUGUCAGAGAACUCCAAUUUUCACCUAUUAUUUCAAUUAAUUAUUUUUCAGAAAGUGUUGUAUUAUUACAAUUCUAACGGUUUCUUAAAUCACAAUUUUAAGCUUAAGGAGCCCUAAUCCUGGAAGGAGAAUUUGUAGAUUCUAAAGGAGAUGAUUUGUUAUCAUUAUUUUAAGGCAGUUUGAUUUUAGAAAACUAAAUAUGUUAAAAACAAAAUAUGUUAAAAACAAAAUUGAUUAUUAUCAAUUGA